UGUUGUUGUUGCUGCUGCUCUGGCUGCUAAGGUGGUUACAAGCCCAGGCCCAGUGCCCGAAUUUUUUUCAACUUAUCGCCCCCCACCAGAAUUUAGCAAACGUCAACGGCCACUGCUGCUUUCUAAACUUCCUUUCAUCCCUCUCUUCUCAACCUCACCUCUUUCUCCCCCCCAAGACGUUUAUUCCAAGCGCCUCUACGCAUUCUUUUCAUAUCAGACAAUAUGGCCGAGCCCAUCCGUGGAAAGCGUGCUCAGGACGCCGUGGCUCCUACGCCUCAGAACACUCCCGCAACCGCCGCUCCUAUUUCUUCUCACGCUCAGCAGCCCGGUGUCGCUAGCAUCAAGGAGGAGGAUCUGGACCGUGCUGCCGCGGCCUCUGUUUUCGCCCAAAACCCCAAGCUUAUCCAGAUGAUUCAGGGUCGCCUCGGCUCUCUCGUGGGCCAAUCUUCGGGCUACAUCGAGUCCCUUCCCGCCCCUGUCCGCCGACGUGUCGCUGGUCUCAAGGGUAUCCAGAAGGACCACUCCAAGCUCGAGGCCGAGUUCCAAGAAGAGGUUCUCCAGCUUGAGAAGAAGUACUUCGCCAAGUUCUCUCCUCUCUACGAGAAGCGUUCCGCCAUCAUCAACGGAAAGUCCGAGCCUACUGAGGACGAGAUCAAGGCCGGCGAGGAGGACGAUGAGGAGGUCGAUGAUGAUGAUGCCGCCACCAAGUCUGAGACAAAGUCCGAUGUUCCCGACAAUGUUUCCGGUAUCCCCGAGUUCUGGCUUUCUGCCAUGAAGAACCAGAUCUCUCUCGCCGAGAUGAUCACUGACCGUGAUGAGGCUGCUCUUAAGCACCUCACUGACAUCCGCAUGGAGUACCUUGACAAGCCCGGUUUCCGCCUCAUCUUCGAGUUCGCUCCCAACGACUUCUUCAGCAACACCACCAUCACCAAGACAUACUACUACCAGAACGAGAGCGGCUACGGUGGUGACUUCAUCUACGACCACGCCGAGGGUGACAAGAUUGACUGGUCUCCUGGUAAGGACUUGACCGUCCGUGUCGAGAGCAAGAAGCAGCGAAACAAGAACACUAAGCAAACCCGAAUUGUCAAGAAGACCGUUCCUACUGAGUCUUUCUUCAACUUCUUCUCACCACCCAAGGCUCCUACCGAUGACGAUGACGAGGACGCCGAGUCCGACAUCGAGGAGCGUCUCGAGCUCGACUACCAGCUCGGUGAGGACAUCAAGGAGAAGCUCAUUCCCCGUGCCAUCGACUGGUUCACUGGCGAGGCUCUCGCUUUCGAGGAGAUCUCUGACGAUGAGCUCGACGGUGCCGACUUUGACGAUGACGACGAUGAGGAUGAGGAUGACUUGAGCGAGGAGAACGAUGACGAGGAGGAGUCUGACGACGAUGAUGAGUCCGGCAAGCCUAAGCAGGAAGCUGCCGAGUGCAAACAGAGCUGAGCGAAGCGAUAGAGCGCGACGCAACGCAUAUUUACACUCUCAUGACAUGAUUGGCUUUUAUCGGGUUUGAGGAUUUUAUCUGAGCCACCAGCCUUCCUCGGAAAAAAAGGAGAGGCGGUGAACGACGGGAAGAAAAAGGCUACAGAAACGGGAAGCGGUCGAAGCAGGUCGGCGAAUCAGCCGGUGCCGUUUUUCAAAACACAAAGGUAGCAUCGUCAUUUGAUAGGCAUCGUUUGCACAGACCAGAUCUUUGGUUUUGCAGCAAGCUCUGGGACUGGAAACCUUUAUUGAUAGACACAGCCAGAGGGAAGAAGUCGGCCCGCGAUAUUAUGUUGCCCUCCUUUUUUUGCAGCCUUUUUCUCUAACUUCGUUUUUGGGGUUCGUUGUCUUUGCUGUUUUCUGCUACAACUACGUUGAUUUGAUUCCUGGCAUGGAUGUAAGGUAGUGACUGACGGAUAAUUUCUUACAAGGGUGCAAGGGGAUUCAAGGUGCAUAUAAUAUAGAGAAUGAAAUUCUGUCGUAAUGCAAUUGUCACCGUUGCCACGAUACUUGAACGAUGUUAAUUACCAUUGGAAGACGUAGAUUGGUUGUGUGUUGUGUGUAUUUUAAACUCGUGGCAUAUGUGAAGGAUGUCGUUGGUUACAAGCCGCGAAAUGCGGUGAAAUGAGAAAUCUACAGCCAAAAUAACAUGCAAGACAUGUGUCAAGUCACCGCCACGUCGUCAGUGUGUACAGACAGAAUCCGGGGAUGUUUCAGUACGUCAG